AUGGAAAAGCUUUCAGUUUACGCAUUCCCUUCCGACUCAGACGAGUUCCUGCCUCUGACCCCUCCACCGGUCCGUCUUUGUCAGGCAUUCCGUUCCUCGUCCCGGUCCGUGACCGCGCCAGCCCCGUCAGCCAACCUUGCUUCCACCCGGCGUUCAGCUAGGCAAGAGCGGGGCCCAAAGCGCGGUUCCGCUAGCCAGCCCCUACUGCAACUCCACUACAAAGAUUGGACGACACCUAAACUGCUGAAAGUACUCUUUGAAAAGCCCAUUCCUAUUCCCGUCGGCGGAGAUCGCAUGUCCCUAUUUGUUACCUAUUGUGAAGCCUUGUCAGCCGAGCCGAUUUCCCCCCCCCCCCACUUGCAAGCUUCAGCCGUCAGGCCCUCCUCUUCUGCUACUCUCUCCAUUCCUGUUCCUGCUGCGCAUACGCAAGACUCUGCUUUCGCAGCCAAGCUCCCCCCGGCGGCGCAGUCAACGCAGCCACAGCAUCUGCCGCAAUCACUCACCCCGCCCAUCCCCUCCUCCAGCAGCGCCCCUCAGGUCACUUUUAAUCAGCUGCAAACUCUGCUCCAGCCCAUUAUAGACUCUCAGCUAGCUCUCAGCGCCCGUCCUGACAAACUGGAAAAUCCUGCUUUGGCUCCACCCGCCUUCAGUUCCAGCACUCCUGCGUAUACCCUUGGUCACGGAGCCUGGCUCGCCAAAGCCGAUAUCUCCGAUGCAUUCAAGGUCAUGCCUAUUCACCCUUCCCUCCGUCACCUUUUCAGAGUCUGUUGGGCAGACAAGUUCUAUUUCUCCACCCAGCUCACUUUCGGCUGCCGCAGUAGCCCAAAAAUAUUCGAUUCCUUGUCAGAAGCCCUCUGCUGGAUUCUGCUCAACUCCUAUCAUGUCCCCUUCCUCCUCCAUCUAAUGGAUGACUUUCUGCUUAUUUCCCCCCCGUCAGAUCCUCCAGCCCAAGCAAUUAAUCAGCUAAAGACCCUCUUUUCCUCAGUCGGUGUCCCUCUUUCUCAAGAGAAAACCAUCGGCCCUGUUAACUCCCUGGAAUUCCUCGGCAUCACACUCAAUACAGUGAAAUUCGAAGCCAGCCUACCUCUUGCCAAACUCCAACGCUUACUUUCACUCAUUAACAAUUUUCAGAUCUCCUCUUUCAUUAAGAAGAGGGACCUCCUGUCUCUCCUCGGCCAUUUCAAUUUCGCCAUUCGCAUCAUUCCCCAGGGCAGAACAUUUAUUUCACGUCUCCUAGCCCUCUCAUCAACGGUCAAGAAUAUGAAUUCUCACGUGAAAAUUUCAGCCGAAGCCAGGAAAGACAUAAAGAUGUGGAUCAGUCUCCUUUCUAACUGGAAUGGCCUCUCUCUAUUUUACGACGAUUUCAUUUCAGCCCCCCAUGACCUUGCCCUCUUCACUGACGCCUCAUCCAUCGGAUUCGGCGGGUUCCUUGUUCCUGAAUGGUUCUCUAGCACUUGGCCCCCUGAAAUUCAGCUCCUUCCCCUUCAAAAGAAAUCUACGGCACUUCUAGAAAUUUAUCCAAUCGCGGUGGCCGCUGCCCUCUGGGGUCACCAAUGGUCAAGAAAAUCAAUUCUUUUCUUCAGCGAUAACAAACCCACAGUACACAUCAUUAACAAAGGACGUUCUUCAUCCCCCCUCAUUAUGCGCCUGCUCCGUCGUCUCAUAUGGUCGUCUGUAUCUCUCAACUUCCUAAUACAAGCUCGUCAUCUUCCAGGUACCCAUAAUAAUGCUGCGGAUGCUCUUUCUCGCCUACAGGUAGCCAAGUUCCGUCAGCUGGUUCCAUCUGCCUCCCCAAACCCCCUCCAGACCCCACAGUUUCAUCAGCUACUUCUGGACUGA